CACAGGUCUGCCACCGUGACGUCUACGCAAGUAUCUGCGUCGCGAGUUCUUUGUGCUUAAAAAUGUCAAGAGCUUAGAUAAAUUUAGCAAGUUUCAUGUAAAUAUGUAAAUUAUGUGGAAAUCCGUCGUCCCGCGACCGCCGAGCACCAUUUCUCGCCAGGCCGUGAAAAUGUUGGGCUUGUAAUUUUGGCAAUUUGAGGUACCUAGUUUCACGCCCACAGAUUUUGACAUAUCCCUCAAUAGAUGAAAAUUUACAUUGCUUUUAAUUCUUUGCUCUUUGGGCGAUGGUAGUAGUAAGUGGGAUCUGGGUGAAGAAUGUGGCCACAUACCCAACCCCCGCCAUCAAUGACAUGGUAAUGAGCAGCGAGAGCAAAAUGACCGCCAAAGCAGUGCUCAUCUGCCGACCGAAUUCUCACCCAUUUCAAGAACGCACCCUCACGCUCGACCAGCCCGUCAAGGUGGGCCGCUCGGUGGCGCGGGCCCGGGCCACAGCCACCAACGCCAUCUUCGACUGCAAGGUGCUGUCGCGGCAUCACGCCCUGCUGUGGUACGAGAACGGAAAGUUCUACCUACAAGACACCAAGAGCAGCAACGGCACGUUCGUCAACAACAACCGUCUGGCUGCCGAAACAGAACACCAUGAAGUCAGUUCCGGUGAUAUAGUUCAGUUUGGUGUGGACGUUAUCGAGAAUAAUAGGAAGGUUACUCAUGGGUGCAUUAUCGCGACGCUCAAGCUGUAUCUGCCCGAUGGGAAGGAGGCGAAGGCGAGUCCCAGCAUUGUUGAGAGCAACACACAUGUCGUGCCUUUAGACGAGCUGUACAAACUGCACCAAAUCAUCCAAGAAGCUACCCAACGGGAGCAAUGCUUAGAGACCAAACUCACAGCUCUUCAAAGCGUGGUGGACGAAGCACGAAAAUCGGCCGAAGAGAGUUGGCAAGCUUACGUCGGCGAAGAAAGAUUACUAUCUCGGGUUUCCGCCCUCGAGACGCAACUCCAACAAGCCGGGAAGAACUGGGGCGAAGACAAAUACAGGGAAGAAAUCGGAAAACUCCAAGACGAUAACGCCGCAUACCAAGUCGCAGCUAAAGAGGCCUUGGAAAAACUCCACGCCGAACGUCUGCAAGCUUUAGCCAUAGCAACCGAACAAGAGAGGUGCAGGAUAUCCGCCGAACAGGAAGCGUUACUAGUGAAGGAGCAGCUGGCGCAGGCGCAACAAGAACUGGAGGAGGUUGCUCAAAAACUGACAGAAGAACAGAAGAAGGCGAACGAGGAGAGGCUGCGAUUGGAGCAGCAGCAGUGGGACCUCCAGACGCGUUUAGACGCCGAAAUCGAAAAAGUGGAAAAGUUGCAAUUGAAAUUGGUGAAUUCGAUGUCGAUGAAGGACAACCCGAGUUUGUUUAGCGAAUUAGAUUUGGAUAUAAUAGAUAAACGGAUCAUUUACAACGAUGAUGAUCUGAAGACGAAAGAAGAGCUUUUGGAAAACGAAAUCUGCGAAGCGGAGAUGAAUAAGGCGAAUGGGGUGGAGAUGGAGCCGCAGAAUAAUCAUAUUAAUCUUACAGUUGCACCAGUCACUGCUGACGUGAUUGAUAAGACAGAGUGUGAAGAGAAGCCUCAUAUGGAAGCAAUUGUCGAAAACGAACACCUCAACCAUUCAUUAACCCAACAAAACACAAUCGUCGAAGACGAAAAAGAAGUCGAAAAACGUGUGACUUUUAGCUUACCAGAAGAAACUAAACUCCAAUCCCAGAACGGCCCCGACUCGCCCGAUAAGGACUCCUCCUCGGAGAACGAGAAAGACGAUUUCGACAGCGACGCGGUCGACUCGAAAACCUUAAAGUACAAAUAUCAGUCGGCGCAGAACGAGCUGAAAAAGAAAAUCGAAAUACUCGAAUCUAUAUUGGAGUCGAACAAGGCGAAGUUGACCGAAUUGGAGAAGGCGCUCAGUCAAGAGAGGCAAACGAAUAGCGUUCAGGCCGAGGAGAACCAGCUGAUGAAGGAGGAGCUGUCGAUUUUGCAGCAGAAGUGGAAGGAGGGGUGCAACGAGAGCCAGCAGCUGCGGGACCGAGUGAACGCGUUAGUCAAGGAGCUGGAAGAAGCGAAUAAAAAGGACCAAAAUGUAAAUACGUCGAUCAUAUCAAGUAGUCCGGUUAGUUACGAACAAUUAGUUAGUCUCGAAGAAGAGUUGGUUUUGCUGAAGGAGAGGUACUCGCAGAUUAGCGACGACAAGCUGAAGCUGCAGAACGACCUGUCGAGUCUGAAAGAACAAUACAAUAGGGUGUGCAACAGUUCGUACGAUAAAAUGUAUUUCUACAUAGCGCCGCUGAUCUUGAUGAUCCUGUAUCUGGUGAUAAGCGCGAUGAUUUCCUGAUUCACGGCCAUACUUUUGAUUUUCUUCUAUUUCUUUCUCGAGUUUUUAAUCAAAAUCAUUAAUCAGACAUAACUACGAGAUCUGCGCACUUCUUGGUGAAAGUACGGGUAGUUGAUUGUACACAUUGUUGAUUUGUUGUUGUAGAUAAGCUUUAAGUGAUUCUCUACUUUCAGCAAGGAGGUGCUUAAGAACGUUGAUAUUUGGUUAGAUCUGUGGUGUUGUCGUAUUUUUUAAGAUUCAAUCAAGUUUUGGUGGUUUCGCUUUCCGUUAUUUAUUUUUCUAACAAAUUAUAGACAAGUCUAAUCUAAGGGAACUUUGCCAUAAUUGUUUCGUAGAGUGAUUAUUUUGUACGAGGUUACGUUUAGUGGAAAAUGUGUGUUAUUCGCAAAUACUUGAAAGAUUGUGAUUUAAGCUGUACAAACAUAACUUGUUAUUUGCCAAAAUAGAUUUGUUUCCGGUGAAAUAGGAAAUUGGUUUUGUACAAUUUUUGUGUUAGAGGUCUGGCGCUGCGGGAACUUACGAAGCUCGCGGAGCGCCAAACUUAUAGGAAAAAAUGUAUUUUAUUUAAUAUAUUAUUUGUCCAUAGUAGAUGUAUAUAAUAACCGAUGCAAUGUAUUUAAAAAAUAAAAUAUGAACAAUUAAACAUU